AUGGUCUCCCAAACCAACCCCCAACGAGUCUCUGCCCAGUCAACAGUCUUCCUCGUCAAUGGCGACACCUAUCGCGGCGAAUGGAAUGGAGCCAACAAGCACGGCAACGGCAUCUACCACUAUGCAGCAACAGGAUCUGUCUACGAAGGCGAAUGGCGCAACAACCAACGACAUGGCUACGGCACCUUCUCUAUCAAGGAAUCCACCCCAACAACAACACAAGCAGGAAUCAACCCUAUGCGAAAAGUCUAUGCUGGUGAAUGGGCAUGUGGCAAACGACAUGGCCGUGGAACACACUUCUUUAAAGACGGGUCGAGAUAUGAUGGAUUCUGGGCUAGUGAUGCGAGACAGGGGUUUGGGAAAAUGGAAUUUGCCAAUGGGGAUGUGUAUGAGGGCGAGUGGAAGGAUGGGAAGAGGUGUGGGCAUGGGAUUCUGCUGCUUGGAAAUGGUGAUCGGUACGAAGGAGCGUGGCUGGAAGACAUGAAGGAUGGUCUGGGCCAGUUUAUAUACAAGUACAAGCGACAAGUUUAUGAUGGCGAGUGGGCUCACGAUGUGCCUAAAUGUGGGACUGUGAUGGAUUUGCCGCCCUUGAUUGGACAUCCGCCAAAGAAACAUCCUUUGCCAAAGAUAUGCCUGGAAGAUCCAAUGGAAGUGCUCAGGACACAAAUGAACGAAAUCCAGAUAGAUAGGAGACAACGUAUAGCAGCCAGUGACUUAUAA